GGAAUACCAUUUCUGUCAGUUUCACUUUCUUCUUUUAUUGUUUUGGUGAUUCUCUUUUGUUCAUAUUCGAUGCUUGAAGCUUCCAUUUAGUUCUUGCUUCAUGUUUCAUCAUUUUGAAAACUUGCUUGUGUUGUUAGCCAAGAAAUGUUGGACUGAUUUUUUCGUUCAUAAGAUGAGCUACUGCCAAGCUUAUAGAUUUUGCACAAACAUCUACUCUUCAUGUGCAUCGAAUGGAGGAACAUGACUCAGAGAAGUGGCAGCUGCGGUCACAGGCCGCUUUUGAAAAAUUUGACAUUGAUCGUGAUGGUUAUAUAACCCCAGAAGAACUUCGACUGCAGACAGGUUUGAAAGGCUCCGUCGGUCCUCUGCUAGAGGAAGCUGACGUCGUCAACAAAGAUGGGAAAAUAAGUUUAUCGGAGUUCAGAAGGCUGUUAAGAACUGCAAGCAUGGGCUCUCAAAACUUGCCGAGCCCAUCUGGUUAUUGGAAUUUGAGAUCCAUUCUGGAGCUUUUGGGUGUUAAAAAGAGAGGAGGGAGCACGAGACAGGUUACGUAUUUUGGUUACUCAAGAUAUACCGAGCCAACCAUGAUGACCGCCUCUGUACUCCGCUCCAUUGCCAAUGGAAAUCCCUGUACAAAAGUUAGUAUCGAGGGAUUUUGCAUGGCACCCCAAGUUAGCCGAGAAGUGCUUGAGGAUGAAGGUUUGGAGAGAUUGCUGGCUGUGGUCGUUUACUUGGUGAGAGGGAAGGGCUAUACGGGCGUACGUCUUCUAAUGAGUGUGGGAUGUGUAGGCUGCUGAGUGUAUAUUUAACGCCCUCGAAUUUGGGGUCCUGUUCUAUUACAGAAAUGGGCAAUGCUUUUUUACUUGUAAGGCCUUCUCUUUUCCCAAUUUUUUUGGCAUCGCAAAUGAAUUAAGUGUAAACAUUUUUCAGUCUCUCUCAGAGAUGGGCAAUGCACCUGCUUUUUCUGUGAAGGAUUUAGAGAUGUAUGCUGAGCAGCCAUUAACGAAAAUAAAUUGAUCAUAUUAUUUAGGGUGA